CUUCCCGCAUAUUUUAACCAACACUUCCAAAAGUCCUACUCACCCUCCCUAGCCCCAGCUCACUCCACCCCCAAGGGCCAGACCUUCACUUUUCUCCCUCCAGCACCACCGCCGCCGCCGCCAAUGCUGCCAUAUAGAUCGCUCGACGAGGCGGCGGCCACCCUGGGCCGGAACCUUACCUUCGCUGAGACACUGUGGUUCAAUUAUUCUGCCAAUAAGUCCGAUUACUACCUCUACUGCCAUAACAUUCUCUUCCUCUUUUUAAUCUUCUCUAUUGUGCCUCUGCCUCUCGUUUUCGUCGAGCUUAUGCGAUCUGCUGGGUUCGACAAGUAUAAGAUUCAGCCCAAGGUUAAGCUCUCCUUCCCCGAGAUGUUCAAAUGCUACAAAGAUGUCAUGCGCAUGUUCUUUCUUGUUGUGGGUCCCUUGCAAUUGGUCUCCUAUCCUUCUAUCAAGAUGAUCAGGAUUAGGACAAGUUUGCCAUUGCCGUCUGUAUGGGAAAUUUUUCUACAUUUGUUGGUGUAUUUCGUGGUGGAGGACUAUACCAAUUAUUGGAUCCACAGGCUUCUCCAUUGUAAAUGGGGCUAUGAGAAAAUUCACCGUGUUCAUCAUGAAUAUGCUGCUCCCAUUGGUUUUGCUGCUCCAUAUGCACACUGGGCUGAAAUUUUGAUCCUGGGAAUUCCAUCUUUCCUGGGACCAGCAAUGGUUCCCGGGCACAUGAUCACAUUUUGGUUGUGGAUUGCUUUGCGGCAGAUUGAGGCAAUUGAGACACACAGCGGGUAUGACUUCCCUUGGAGUCCUGCAAAAUAUAUUCCAUUUUAUGGCGGCGCAGAUUACCAUGAUUACCAUCAUUAUGUUGGAGAACAGAGCCAAAGCAACUUUGCUUCGGUUUUCACCUAUUGUGACUUUAUUUAUGGAACUGACAAGGGCUAUCGAUAUCAAAAGAAGCUACUUCAGAAGUUGAAAGAGGGAUUGAAAAGUGGUGGUGAAGAUAAUGGAGGCUCAUACCAUGUUCCCACCCAGGAUCUUAAAUCUGACUAGCCAAGGAACUGCAGAACUUUUCUUCAGAUCAAUGUGCUUAGGGUACACCUCUUGGGAACCUUUUAUUUCAAGUUGACAUCAGUAUGCUAGUCCUGGUUAAUUUAGAACCUUUAGUAUUGCUGAUGGAGAUUAACUGCGAUUUCUGUACCAUGAGGUGGGUUUAGCUAAGUUUCAGAAUUUGGGGUUUUUGUUAAUGAAGUUCAGUGGAUUGGGAUAUCAUGGCGUUUGAAUUUAAGAUUUUAAGUGUUGUUGUUUAGCUUUUUGUUCGAAAUCCAAAUAUGGAAAAUGCUAUAAAUUCAUGUUCCUCAUGUACCUUCAGAAACUGUAGUCAUUCUGUCUAUUCUUAGAGCAAAUGCUACAUAUUUAUUGAACUUUA